UGUUUUUACAAGUUCGGUUUCAGCAUUUUAACGCGUUUAAACCAUAUUCCUAAGCGCGCUUUCGCUGAAACAGUUGGUCGGGCGGCUCGGUUGUUUUGUUUUCACGGGGUUGUGAGGGGAUGUCUUUUCGCAAUUUUCUGUUGUCUUGUUUCCCGGCGAGCAAUGUCGGGAUGGGAUUGUGCUCCGCUGCGAGGCCCCUUUUUUCGUUAGAUUUGAUACAGCUUUGUUGUUAGCCGGCUAGCCUGUUGUUUAGAUGUCGAGGACAAACCUGAUGUGGCUGCCAUUAUGGUUAGAUAGCUGUAAAUACGCAUAAUAAGACUUUGGCGAGUUAGUUUGACGGCCGUUGGCUAUCAACUUGGAGCAGAUUUAGGUAGCAUCGUUAGCUAGCUUCAGCAUCGUUUGUUCGGACUCGACGGUGUAGUGUCAGCAUUAGCAUGUUAGGUAGCUAACUUCAGUCCAUGCUAGCGAGGACAAAGGGGUCCCCAAUCGGCCAGAGUUGUGUUGAAAACGACGCUAUCUGAAUUGUUUUGGCAAGAUGUAAUGCCCAAGAUAUAAGUCACAGCAUUUGGCUACGUUAGCAUUGGCUCAAAACACCGCUCCGCUUAUUCUACUACUAAAUUAAAGGGUAGGUAAUUGUCGAUUAGUUAGCUGCAAGUUAACCAGGUAGAUGUUAAUACACGUAAACACGCACACUUUUAAGUGCAACUUCACUGAUUUUUGAUUUGUCAUUUCUGUUUACCAAAAAUAAAUGUAAUAAACAACUGAGAUGUACAGAGUUCACUGAAUGAUUGUUUUGUUAUUGUUGUGUACAAGACCGUCGAUGCCCAUACUUGUAGCGAUAUGUAAACAUUUGGUUUUUGAAACACAGAUUGCAGCUGCAGCUGCUGUUGUACAGUUCUCGGUGUGGAAAAACAUAUUUUGUCGCAGUUACACCGAAAUCUUGGAUUGAAAUUGCUUUUGAAGCCAGUUCGUCCUUUUGCAUUAGCUUUGUUCAGUCCAGCAGCCAAUAGCGACAGUGCAUUUGCCAACGUCACUCAGCCACUGUAAGCUGCAUUGCUAUUGUUCUCUGACAUAAAACAAAUGGGUCAGUGGAGAUAUCUGUAGUUAUUAUUCUAGAAAUGGACACCCUGGUUGAAGUUUACAACUUAAUUUGCACUACGUGGUAUUUUUGCAUUACAGGGUAUUGAGCAAUCACAGCUUUUAUGUAUUUGCAAAUUUUUCUAUUUUGUACAUACAGAGUUUUGUAUAUACUGUAUAUGAUGAGCUCGCUGGGCAGCGACAAGGCCCGGGGCCCUCGGGAAAAAGCGCUGCCCGCUGCCACUCACACAUCACAACCACAGAAACAGAUACAGGCUACUGCAGAGCAGAUCCGGCUUGCCCAGAUGAUCUAUGACAAGAAUGAUGCUGACUUUGAGGACAAAGUUAACCAGCUGAUGGAAGUGACUGGCAAGAACCAGGAUGAGUGUAUGGUAGCACUUCAUGACUGCAAUGAGGAUGUUAGCAGAGCCAUCAACUUCCUCCUGGAGAGCACCUCGGACAUGACCUCAUGGGAGACAGUGGGGAAGAAGAAGCCCCUGGUGAAGGAGGGUCCAUCAGAAAGCAAGGAGAACAAGGAGAACAGAGAGAAAAAAGGAGAGAGGGAGGCUAGCAAGGGCCGCGCGGCAGCCAACCGCAAGGGCAAAGGGGCCAAUCGCAGCCGACAGGCUCGCCCAGAGGAGAACGGCGUGGAGGUGACACCAGUGGACAGAGGUUCAGAACGAGGUCGGAGGCUGAGAGGUGGCCGAGGAUCUGGAGGUCGAGGAAGAGGCAGAGCACCAGCAGGGAGCAGGUUCUCAGCCCAGGGCAUGGGGACCUUCAAUCCUGCGGACUAUACCUCAGAGGCCGGGACAGGGACCACACAAACUGAGACGUGGGACACGGUGGCCAACAACAGCACAGAUGGGACAGUUGCCUGGAGGAAUACCUUGGAAGACUGGGCAGCUGAGGACUGGAGUGAGGAUGUUAGUCUCUCAGAGACCAAAGUGUUCACCUCCUCAUGUGCACCUGCUGCAGAGAAUCACAUCACACCUGGACAAAGUCUGGACCUCGCCUCUCUGCUGCAGAAGCCUGUGGUCGGAGGAAGAGAAGCACCUUCCUCCUCUUCCUCUCAGAGUCUGGUCUUCACCAACUCCCACCACCACCAGCCGCCGCCGCCGCCGCAGCAGCAACAGCAGGCGCCCCCCAGCCGCAACACCACCAGUGGCACAAGCUACGCACAUGCUGCUCUGUCGUCAGUUCUGGGAGCCGGUUUUGGGGAUCUGGGCCAGGCCAAGAGGACUCAGCCCAGCGCUGGAGCGCAGAUACUGGAACAGCUGAAGGGUCCUGGCUUGGGUCCGCUGCCCUCAUCCCAGGCAGCCCCUCCUGCUAGCACCCAAGGAAGCAACACUUCCAUUGGCCGACUGCCAGGCCUGGGAGCACCUGUACCUCCACCCUCCUCCUCUAGCUGGGACAUGAAGGCUUCAGAAUCCAACGCCACCUCGCUGUCCUCACAGUUCAGCCGUGAGUUUGGCCUUCAGCCAGAGCCUUCUCUCGUGCUGAGCCAGCUGGUCCAGAGGCACACCGGCCCCUCUUUGCCUCUGGCACGUCAGCCCAGUCCUCCAUCGCAACAACAAGCGCCCCCCGCUUCAGCCUCGCCUGCCCCCCAGCACACCAGCACGCCAGCACAGACAGGCCCGGUGAUGGCUGCUGCUGUUACUAAACCUCCUGCCCCCAGCGCAGGGCUGGACCCUCAGGGCGGCAGCACGCCACAGCAGCAGCGGGCACAGCUCAAAGGCCAGAAACGAAGAAUACCUCCGACAUCGAAGAUCCCCUCCACGGCGGUAGAGAUGCCAGGCUCAGCUGACGUCCCCGGUCUAAACCUCCAAUUUGGAGCACUAGACUUUGGCUCGGAGUCGGCAUUGCCAGAGUUUGGAGUUGUGGACAAUUGUGUCAGUGCGGCAUCCAGGGAGUCCACGCCGGCCCCUGCUCCUGCACCACCUGCAUCAGGACCAGGGACACAGAGCCAGACAAGCCUGUACUCCAAACCACUCAGCGAGUCGCUGGGCAGCCCUCUCUCCGUCGCCCUCCCCCCACCCCUCUCCUCAUCAGAGCCAGUAUAUCACUCUUCGUCGGUGGCGCUACCCAGUCUCACGCCCUCCUCAUUAGGGACUGCCAGCUCCACCAAUCCUCCCUCCUCCUCUCUGACCACAUCUGCCACCUCCUCCUCUGUACCCUCCUCUCCGUUCUCCACAGUGGGGGGAAGUUACGACGGGACCAUGCCCCCUCACACACGACUGGCCUUUUCCCAGAGCAAAGAGGCCUCGGGGCCAGUCAUGAAUGGUCUGAAUGGCGUAAGGUCCUCUGCUGCUUUAGACACUUCAUCAGCGUCCUCCACACCGAAGCCUGAGUCACCGUCUCUCAACAUCAGCACCAACGGCGCUCCAGCACCCUCCUCCCACUUACCCUCCAACCUGCCUGCACACAGCUCCACCACGCUCUCCAGCCUGGCUCAGGACCUGCCCUCAGCCAGCCAGCUCAACUCGCUCAACAGCCAUGCCAGCAGUCAUUCCUCAGCUCUGGGCUCCAGCUCACUCACUUACACCAGUGUUGACAGCAGCAGCGUGAGCUCUCUGGCUCCCUCCUCUGGCUCUUACACAUCAUCGCAGCAGCCUUCAGCCUCCGCACUCCACUCGACCCACAACAGCAGCAACAGUAGCAGCAGCAUCAGCCACCUGGCCAACAUGCCCAACAUGGGCAACAACAUGAGCAGCACAGUUGGCGGAAUCACUGGCACGAGCGGACUUCACUCUGCUGCCACCGCCGCCUCCAGCACAACGCUGGGACUUGGCUCCAAUGGAGCUACUGCCACGUCCAACCUCUCUGCACCUAGGACCACACCCCUGCUCUCCUCCUCCACUGGUAAAGCUCCUCCUAACCUGUCCCAGGGAGUGCCUCCUCUACUGCCCAACCAGUAUAUCAUGGGCCCAGGGGGGCUGCUGCCAGCAUACCCACAGAUAUAUGGCUACGAGGACCUCCAUAUGCUCCAGUCCAGACUGCCAAUGCCCUCUCUGCAGGAUUACUAUGGAAUCACAUUCCCUGGCCCCGCAGCGACUCUCUCUGGCAGAGACGGGAGCCUAGCCAACAACCCCUACUCAGGUGAAGUCACGAAGUUUGGCAGGAACGACUCCACCUCCCCAGCACCCCCCACAAGCCUGGCGGCCCCACAGCCCCCCCAGGGCCAGAGCCAAGGACAGAGCCAGGCCCAGCCUCAGCCUCCUCAGGCCCAGCCUCAGCCCCAGGGCCAACCACAGCAUCACAGCAGUCAGCAGGCCUUUCUGCCUCCCGGCUACAGCUACACAGGCCUGCCUUACUACCCCGGGGUGCCCGGCGCCGUACCUAGUGCUGCCGCAUUCCAGUAUGGCCCCACCAUGUUUGUCCCUCCCGGGGGGCCAGGACCAGCCUCGGCCAAGCAGCACAGCAUGGGCCUCGGCCUGGGAAACCCCUCUGCUAGCCCCUUCCAGCAGCAGACACAGCAGCAGCCCAGCGGUUACAGCCAGCACACCUUCAGCUCAGGGUACGAGGAGCUGACAGCAGGGCCAGCAGGAGUGGACUACAGUAAAGGCUACAAUUCCUCCUCACAGGCACAAGCCAAAUCUGCUGCUGCUGGGCCUGGGAAAGGUGUCUCAGUGACGUCCAGUAACUCGGGUGUGCCGGAUAUCAGUGGAAGUGUUUACAAUAAGACCCAGUCUUUUGAUAAGCAGGGUUUCCAUGCAGGGACCCCCCCUCCCUUCAGCCUGCCAUCAGCGCUGGGGGGUCCAGGGCCUCUGAACCCUGGAGCAGCUCCGGGAGGUUAUGCACCGGCCCCUUUCCUCCACAUCCUGCCUCACCAGCAACCACACUCACAGCUGCUGCACCAUCAUCUUGCUCAGGAUGGACAGGGUGGUCCGAGUCAGCGCGGCCAGUCCAGCAGCCUGCAGCAGAAGAGCCAAGUUAACAAGUCGAGCUACGGCAGCUCCCCCUACUGGGCCAACUGAGGUGGAUACAUCCACAAUGUGUGUCUACGUGUGCGUGCGUGUGUGCAUGGACAGACACCAACACACAGCACCACACCUGCGCAUCUGACUGACGAGAUCAUAGAGGGACAAACCAUUUUACAACACAAGCUAAAACACACACUACCACCCCUCCCCUUUGCUCUGUAUAUCCCCUUUUCAAAUUUAUGGCUGUUGUAUGUAAAAUAUAUUUAUGUAUGUAUUUAUACAGUAUAUAUGUAUUGGUAGGACAUGAAAUGUGGUUUUCUGCAUUCUGUUUUUAUUUUGAAGGACAUUUUAUUUCAAAAAAAAAAAAAUGUGGAAAGAUGAGAAUGCUAAAUCAUGGAAAUGAAGUUGGUGAAUAUACUUGAACACAAGCAUCUUGUGAUGUGGAUUUUUUUGUAUGCAUACAUGAACUGAGAAUGAUGUACAUAGAUUCUACACAUCAUUUUCAUGGCAAAGGCCUUUUUUUAUUUCAGAAGAAAUGCCGUUUUUGUAACUUCGGUCUCCCGCAUCUGUGAAUCCUUAUAUUGAGGGUGACUUGAGUUGAUAGCUUGACUUUUCUUUUUGCCCCGUUCCCUUCCAUCCGUCUCUCAUUCCUCAACUCUUAAUCGUUGGCUGGUAUGACCAGCCAGGCCUUGGAUUUGAUGUCAUUUUAACAUUGGUUUAAUCCUUGUUGUCCAAAUUAAAAGUUAUGAACAGUU